AUUCCCUUAAUUUGGCGCCUGUAUACGAUUUAGCUUCAUCUGUUCAUCGGUACGUUGUGCUCUAGUUGGACUUAUUGGGAUCGGCACUAUUCUGUGUCGAAGAAAUGGUAGCUCCGAUUGAUAUUUAUAGCUUAGCUAGAAAUAAGGGCUUAAUAUGCCAUUUUUUCUACUGUUGUCAGAAAGUUGAUGCAUCAAAAUUUAAGACAUCACAUUGCCUUUCAAACUUAUUUGUUGAAUUUAAGGUAUUAUUAGACCUUUUACAUAUAUUAUAGUACUAUUGUUUAUUUUCUAUACCAAAUUGCUGGGAAAUUUCUAAUUGUGUUACCGAAUUGUGUAUUGGAUUAUAACGAAUUGCAUAUUGGAGAGUAGGCUAGGCAUACGCUAGGUUAAAAAUCUUGGUCCACCACCUGCCCGGCUCCGUUCGCUGGCUGCCGGUUCCCCUUCUCUGACCUCUCAUCUCCACUUGUAUCUGUCUAGUUGCAGGGUUUCAGGAGGAAUAAGCAACGGUGAGCCGGAAUAUGGCGGAGGGAGCGAACGGGAAGCAUGAUGCCAAGAGGACAGGACUGGAAGGAACGGGCCUGCCACUACAAGGCGGUUCCCACGGCAACCUUCACAGUGCUGGCAACGACCAACAGCUGAGGCAGAUGCUCGAUUCGCUCAAAUCCUCCAAGUCCCCUGCUGUGAUCAACUAUGGUGCCUCAUGGUGUCGUGUCUGCAGUCAGAUUCUUCCAACCUUCUGCAAGUUCAGCAAUGAGUUCAAGAAUCUGAAGUUCAUCUAUGCAGAUAUUGAUGAGUGCCCUGAAACAACACAAAGCAUACGCUACACCCCAACCUUCCAUUUUUAUCGAGAUGGAGAAAGGGUCGAUGAGAUGCUUGGCACAGGAGAAGAGAGAUUACAUGAUCGGCUAUGGUUGCAUUCUUGAUGGUUAUUUGCACUGGCUUCUGUUGCCACUGUUUUCAUGAACCGUUUAUGCUGAAUGUUACUUGUAUUUUUCCUAUUCCUGUAACUAGUAACAUAGUUCUAUUGCCAAACACAGUUGGAGAGCUUUGUCUUAAUAUUUAUGCUAUGCUGCAUAUAUGACUGCUGUUCCUGUCUA